CGAAAAAAAAGUACAAUGCCAUUUCAUCUUUUCCUUUUAUUUCAGACAAGAGACAGCACUGGAUUCUCUUGCGAAGGAAGAGUCAAUGGAUAUUAUGCGGACGUGGACAGUGGAUGUCGAGUGUACCACAUGUGCGACGGUCUAGGUCGCCAAUUCACCUACUCCUGCCCGAAUGCAACGCUGUUCCAGCAACGGAUGCUGGUGUGUGACCACUGGUACAUGGUCAACUGUUCACGAGCCCUUCACGAUUACGAUGCAGCUAACCGAUUGAUAGGAAGAGCGGAUCAGCCAUUUGUGUCGGAGGAAGAAAGGGAGUCGGCUAGGAGAACACCACGGCCGGAUCUGCUCACUGCGGCUGGCAAUUUGUCAGAAUACAAUGUCAUUUAUGGGAAGUCUCGCGAUCAGUACUACACCCCAAAGAACGUUGUUGGCGUUGAGACAGAGCAAGAUUCAACAGACAAGCCGACGUAUUAUCCUCCUAGUCACUGGUCGACCGAAUACGCCAGAUCUGCGACGACAGCGAGGUCAAUACAACGAGAAGAAGUUUCGACUCAUAACGAAAAAAACUAUAAUAUUCCCAAGAAACUGAGCGGCAAGAAGUUGGCAAAGGCUAUUGAUUUCAAUUCUGCUAGAAAUGGAAAUAACUUCGCAGACGUUCCAUCAAAACCUCAGCCAUCCUUCCAAGCAAAUACUCCACAACAAAACUACAAAUCCACUUACAGAGCCACCACUCCAGUCUACCCUUCAACCGCCCCUACAACUGCAUCUAUAAAGGACAACAUCGGGCUAGCUCCACCGAUACCUUAUCAGCACGUGGAUAAGCACAAUAAUGAUCCACAACCACAGAUUGGACCUGUCAAAAACCUGCUGGCACGAGAACAUACAGCUGACAGAAAGGUUGACAUAGUACCCCAUCCUGGAGAACAGCAGCCAAUUCGAAGAGUGAAUUUCCAUUCAAAUUUCCGCGCCACCACGCCAGUCUAUCCUUCCAAAGUAGAAUUACAAGAUCUGCUACAGCACCAAAAACAUAAGGAAGUACAGGGAGAGGGAGUGCCGGUGAACUUCGAUUCUAAUUUCAUAGCAACCACCCCCAUGUAUCCUGGUUCAGUGGAACACACUAGUCUUGAUCCCCGGGAAGUAGGGUUGGUACCUCCGAAGGGGAAUCCCAAACAGGACGUAGAUGAGAGCCUGCCGAUUCGACAAGACGCAAACCCGAUAACUACCGAACGAGUACGCGUAAACUUCGCAUCCAACUACAAAGCGACAACACCGGUCUACCCCUCGGCCGUUGCAGCGACGAGUCCAAACCCCGAAGACACGGGAUUAGUACCACCGAAAGGACAUGAAGAGGAGCCAGAUACUUCGAAUCACCAAAACGACAACAUUGACCAUCUUACCAGACAAAGUCAACCUGAAGUAGUAUUUCCAUCAAAUUUCAAAGCAACCACACCUGUCUAUCCCACUGCAGUUGAAAACACAAGUCCGAAUCCUUCAAAUGUUGGCCUGAAGGCUCCGAAAGAUAGUCAAAGUACAGAUAUUGAAUCUGUAAAUGCAGGUACACCGGUAGUUAACUUUGCUUCGAAUUUCAAAGCAACAACCCCAGUGUAUCCUACCAGAGUCGAAAAUACUAGUCCCAAUCCAUCAAACGCUGGUUUAGAACCUCCAAAAGGAGGAAGCAAUGACGAAACCAUUGCUCAAGGUAAUGAGUCAACGCAAGUAAACUUUGUCUCAAACUUUAAAGCUACCACUCCUGUCUAUCCUACAUUCGUAGAUCCGACUAGCCCCAAUCCAAACGCAAUAGGGCUAAAACCUCCAAAACCCCAAACACAUAACAAUUUGGAAGAUACUUCUAACCACCAAGACCCUGAGCUUCUGCCUCUAUCUGACCUAGUGCCUCCAGCGUUUGACAAAAACUUCAAACCUGAAGAACAUAAAUUCGAAACGACAAUUAGACCACCUUCAAAGUUCUAUCAACCCCCGAAGGUUGAGCCAGCUUUUGUAGAUGAUCAUAAUGACCAACCUGAGCAAAACCUUGAAAAUACUGGAAUCAGGAUUCUCAACUUUAUGAAAUCUUUUAAUAAUUCACAAUGGCAGGAUUUACGAAAGGUAUUUAGAAUACCCGAAUUUGACCUUCCGUUAGAUGAAGGUGCAGUCAGGCCUAGUUAUGACAGUGCACUUAAUUCGUUUGAGGCAAAUAACACAAAGAAAAGAUGAUCAUUAUUAUAAUUUUUAAAUCGAUUGUCCACAAGCACUGAGUUAUGACAGUGACAAAGGUCAAAGAGAGGUGAAGCAAAGUCGGUACAUCUGACAAUAGAAAUGUAUCUACAGCGCAAUGCUUUUGAAUGGCCAGUCAGAUUAAUUCUCCUAAAAAGUGUAGUCAACACUCCAUUUUUAAUGCGCACAUUUCUGAUAAGCCAGCAGACUUGUUGAUUUGGACAACCGACUUCCGCUUAUACUUUGACCAAAUAUUAGAACUCAACACAGACUUUUGAACAACAAUGCACAUUCAUCCUUUAUAUACUUCUUAUUUAUAACCUAUUUUACUGUGAUAUUUAAAAUGUAUUUACCGUUUCCUUCACACUAUUUAUAACCAAAGCUCAAUUUUGAUUUAAACAUAAUAUAAUAGUUAGAUGAAAGAAUAUUUUUCGGAACUUCGGCAAAUUAUUGCAAAGUGUACUCUUGAAAUUUUAUUCUCAAGCUUUCGAUAAGAUCACACGGAUUUGAAACAGUGAAUUUAACAAAUAGCCUCAUGAAUCCAUUUUGCACUAAUCUCAAUUACAAUGUAAGUACUUUAAGAUCAUCUUAUUGAAUGUAAUUGCUAUUUUCAAAUUCAUUUGUAGCUCCUGAUGAUAUUAACAUAGUAUAUCGAAAGCUUGAGGAUAAACUUUCAUGAGGACACUUUGAAAUAGUGCCCCGAAAAAGAUUAUUCCGUCUAACUAGUUGUUGACGACAAUAACUACAUCCUACAUAAUAUAUAUAUAUAUAUAUACAUAUAUAUAUAUAUAUAUAUAUAUAUAUAUAUAUAUAUAUAUAUAUAUAUAUAUAUAUAUAUACAUACAGAUACUCAUAUACAGUCAAUUCAUUUACUUUCGUUAUGAAAUGUAAUUGUCAGGAGAGUUUUGACAAACUCGUUUCUAUUGGUAUCAGAUAAAAGAGAAAAAAAUGGAAAUUAAAAGUGACUUUGAGAAUGACACUAUCAAAAAAUGGAACCCAAAAACGAAACAGCUUUACUGAACAAGCUGUUUUUGUAUUGAUACAAUCGGGGAUACACUAUAUCUUCCUCAACGUUAUGGACCUACGGGUCCGUUCACCAGAAAUCAUUUUUGCAGAUUAAUAGACAUAAGAAAAACAUUGGGUAUUCCUUCUCCCAGAUAACGAAAAUAUUAUAUGCACUCUUUAAAUAAAAUAAAUAUUUAAUUUCGUGUUCAAAUUCUGCGUCAUUUCCCAUUUUAAUUACGUUAUUAUGCUAGGUCUCAAGCCAUUGAGCAAGAACUUAGUUUGUGAGUCUUGGGUCAAUCUCAACUUUCUCAAAAAUAAAAAAAUAUCGAGAAGAGCAGCUACGAAAUCUCAAACCAAUAAUAUAAUCCUUAUAAUUUUAAUCUGAGCAAAGAAUAAACUUUCUGUCUUGAAUUUCUUCGAGUUGUGACUCUAACCUCAAAAUCCUUGUACUUGUAUCUUAACUAUAGUCUGGUAGCAAAACCAUUGGGAGUAGCAAGACACGUCGUACGCUACUGCUAACACUUUGCCAUCCCUUUUGGUACCCAAGAAUAGUCAGCGAAAACUCCUUUCAUACGAUUAAUUGGACAGUGGAAUAAAAAUUUAAAGAAAACAAGUAAAUUAUGGAUCUAUUUACACACUAGUUCGCUUGAUAACUUCUCUGUAGUGUGACGACGCAGCCCAUCAUGUUACCUCUACCGCACCAGUUUCAGCAGGUGUCAGGUUGAUGUUGCCCCAUUACAAAAAUAAUGACGUUAGCAUAUCUAAACGAUCUCCUGUCUCGAAAAUCCGAUAUUCCACUUGACUAAAGUUGCUUUUCCUGCAUUUAUCAGAAUGGGCCUUGAAAAGAGAUUAGACGCGUACAUGGCAACACAACGAGUUCUAAAGGAAAAUGUGAAAUAACUCGGGACCAGCCAUUUUUGAUGGAAAAACCACUUUAGAUCCUAGUUUUUGGUUACAAAUGAAAGAAAUGGGACUAAAACUGGGUGCAAAUAUGAAAAUUCCGCAUAAAAACUUUUGAUAUGAAGUGAUCAAGGUAUAAUGACAGUUCUCAAAAUUUAUCUGAACAAAACAUCGUUGUAACUUCCAGUACGCAGAUUAUAGAAAUAUGCUACAAAUUAUAUAUAAUAAUAAUAUUUCACAUUUGCAACUUUUUUAGCAUCAUUCUUUUACAACCAAUGCUACAACCCAAAAAUACUGUCUAUUGUGAAGACUGAAAAAAUACAGGUACUCAAAUUUAAUGAUGUUUUGUAGGAAGUUUGUGUCACAGAUGUUUGCUUGAUGAGAGCUUUUAUUAAGUAACUUUGUCCGUUUGUCCUAAGCUCUUCAACGUUUUUCACAUGCUGUGCUUAGAUUAAUUUCUUCUCUUUUUGUAUAAUUUGGGGUUGGAAGUUUAAAUGAUGUUUUACGGGUUCAAAUCACAUUCAUUUUUGGUUCAGGUAUGCAAAUUACUACGUUUUGAUAAGCACCACAACCUUUAUAAGUACUUUUAUUUGGUUUUAUCUAAUUUGAAUGGAAAACAAGCAGAAAAUUGUUAUCAAAAAACCUAAUUGCCAAGAAUUGAUAGGUUCCGAGCCCCGAAUAAUUAUGGUCACUAAGCGGUGCUGUCAUCGUGCACACAACGUACGACUAAAUUUUCCCUCUGAAUAAGUCAACGAUGCGUCACCACUGGGAAGUAUACUUUUUCAUGUCAAUUAUCUUGCCGAACUACACAAGGCAUAUUUUUCUUUUCUGACUACCCAGCUUUUCUAUGAAUGUAUAGUGAAGGAAAAUAAAAUAUUAAUAUAUACUUUGUAAAUAACUACUUAUUAAGGUUAUUUAUUUUUAAACCCAUUAUGAAAAUAUGCUAUGUUUCAGAAUGUUACAAUGUCAUUUCUGGUAUACCGAACUUUUAUAAGCAAUCUGACAUCCCAAUCAAAAUGGUUUAGGUUUGACCAACGCCAGACCAACGCAAGAACUAUCAUAUGACAAGUAUGACAAGCAAAUUCUUCUAUUAUACAGACUUGACAGCUUGACACAUGUCAGUAUCGGAAUGGUAUGUUUGAAAUGACUGAAUCUGAUACACGGCAUAUAUGGUAGAAUAUUAUUUGUACUUAUUUUGAAAAUAAAUAAUAAGACACUA